AUGUGCGAUGGGGUGGGUUUUGCGCCGUCUGAGAGCAAAGUACAGAACUGGAGAAAGCAGCUACUGGUGCUAAAGUCUAAAGAUAAGAUCAUAAGAUGCAAGAAUGAACGCAUCAAUAUUUUCUACUUUGCCAAGGAAGAGGCGAACUGUAGGUUUGUUCCAGCACUUCCUGAAGUCUUUAUGCCUGUGAGAAUCCCCUUCCAGAAAGGACUUGGCCAGAAAUUUGUUCAGCCUUCAGGAACAAGCAUUGACUUAGGCUUCUUUGAGUUGGAUGAUCUCUCAAAACCAUCGCCUGGAGAAUAUGUAUUUCCUUUAGUAAUAUCUGCUGAAACAUGUUUGCCGCCUCAUUCAACUAAAGAGCAUCUUGGUGAGCCUGUGCCCAAUGCAGACCCUCAUACACAGAUUACUCGAGCUAUUCUAGAGAAGAACAAUGAAGAACCUUUCCGAGUGAGAGUUAUUAAGCAAAUAUUGUGGAUUGAUGGGGUUCGGUAUGAGCUCCGUGAGAUAUAUGGAAUAGGAAGCUCAGUAGUGGAAGACUUUGAUGACAGUGACCCAGGGAAAGAGUGCGUGAUAUGCAUGAUUGAACCUAAGGAUACAACUGUAUUACCUUGUCGACAUAUGUGUAUGUGCAGCGAAUGUGCAAAAGCAUUGAGGAUGCAAUCAAAUAAGUGCCCAAUAUGCCGUCAGCCUAUCGAGGAACUUUUAGAGAUCAAGAUAAAAAAUGGUGAUCAGUAAGAGAUUCUCUUCUUCAUACUAAAGUUGGAUUGCAUGGUAUGGCUGUCAACUUUUUUUUCAUUUGUAUGUGUUGUCACUAUAUCUCUCCAUAUAUAUUUUUCCUUGUAUCAUAAAAAUUGUAACAGAAUUUAAUUUUCAUCUGAUGUUUUGUUGACUUGCAGUGUAUGCGUUUGUGAAUCU